AUGGUUCUCAAUCCUGGCUGCAGAGUGAAACCACUUUUAUUUUAUCAUCAAUAUUUGUAUCCUAACUGGCUAUGAUUAAACCAGAAUCAACAUUGGUGACAGAGAAAACAAGGUUAAAUGACAGGUUAUUUUUUAUCAACGGGCAGAGUGACCUCAGAAUAGAGUGCAAUGUGGAUGUAACUGAUUGGUGUCUUUAAUACUUCAGAGAGGCAUGAGUUGAAUUAACAGCAAUUGGUAUAAAAGCUUUAGAUUUCAGGCUCACAGUGGUCUAAAUAGGAAGAGAGGGCAUCAUGGAUCUGGCUGUGGCCCUGGUGCUUGGUCUUUUCUAUCUGCUUCUUCUGCCACUCUGGAAUCAGAGCUCUGGGAAAGGGAAGCUCCCACCUGGCCCCACCUCUCUCCCAAUUCUUGGAAAUAUCCUACAGUUAGAUGUUAAGGCCAUCAGCAAAUACUUAAGCAAUCUCUCAAAAGCCUAUGGCCCCGCGUACACUCUGUAUUUUGGCAUGAAGCCAGUGGUGGUGUUCUGUGGAUAUGAAGCAGUGAAAGAAGCCCUGAUUCAUCUUGGAGAGGAGUUUUCUGGAAGAUCCAGUUACCCAAUGAAUGAAAAAUCUAGGAGAGGCCUUGGAAUCAUGUUUAGCAAUGGAAAGAGAUGGAAGCAGAUCUGGCGCUUCUCCCUCAUGAUGCUGUGGAACUUGGGGAUGGGGAAGAGGAGCAUUGAGGACAGAGUUCAAGAGGAAGCCCUCUGCCUUGUGGAGGAGUUGAGAAGAACCAAUGGUGGGUGAGUCUGUGCUCUGUAACUGUGAACUUAACAGAUGCGCGCUCUCUCCUGUG